AGGAAAUUUCAUCUCAAGAUACAAAGAAAAUGGAAGAAAAAUUUAAAUCGAGAAAAGAAAAAAAAAAGAAAAAUUUCUCCAGCUAAGUUGAUUCAUCGAAAACGAUAUGUUCAUUGACAUGAACCGCGGAGGGAGCAAGCGGUCGGUGUGCAAACUGCAAGGACAUUGCACGCGAGGAGUUAUUCCUGUCCCGCAUAUAUCUACGGGAAGGGAUAAGAAGGGAAGGAAGGUGGGUGAUAAAAGGUGGCGGAAAGAAUGAAGGCAGGGGGUAAACGUGAGAGAGGAGGGACCACGAGGAUGAGACUGCGCGUGCUUUUCUCUCUUUCCUCCGCCACCCUCAGUGCCUGCCACCGAACGACGAACAGGGUUGUAAGCCGAUAUUGUCGGGCAGGCGCAUUGGAAACCGGCGACCAGCCGGGAAGGAAGAUAACAAUAAAAGAGCAUAUAUAAUCGCGCCUAAACGCACGUUAACCUCGCGGCCUGGCUGGUUGGCUGGCUGGCGCGUCGCCUCUCGAAAUGUAAGCACAAUGCGUGAGAGUAACGUGAAAGUGAAGCACGAUCGAAAGUGAAGUACAGAGAGCACGGGAAACGUGUGUGUACACCCUGAUAAAGCCUCUUCGGCACCUCUCUCUUGACCACGGCCACACGCACAUAGGGAUCUCCCCCGCCAGGUGGUGAUCCGAUAUUUCUUCGUGGAGAUAAUACGGUCGGUCCUCCCGAUUUUUUGUCGUUGUUCCGUGUAUAUCUCGAGGGAUCAUGAACAACUCGCCGCAGAAUACCGAGGUGGCCGGGCAACAACACCGUGCCGGCGUUGAGAACAGCGACGAGGAGGAAUGGAGUGGUGUCGUGGAAUGUGUAAUGUUAUUACAUCGACUCGUGUAUCGAAAGAAUGAUUUUUAUUUGCUGAAACAGCCUUCCUCGAGCAGUUUCUUGUUGCCCAUUUCGAGUUGUUUUUCGUGGUCAAGGAAAUUCUGUGGAUUGCACAACGCUGUGUUGGAGAGAUCAAAGUCAGAUCGAGUGACACGGGCGGAUGAGGACAGACGUCGUCGUACCAUCAUCGUCGAGAAGAAAAAUGGCACAUACGGUUUCACGUUACAGAGUUAUGGGAUACAUUACAAGAGGGAGCAGGAAAUCGAGAUGGUCACGUACGUUGAUUACGUGGAAUACGAUGGACCAGCGUUCAAAGCAGGAAUGCGAGAGGGUGACGUGAUACUUUCGAUAAACGGCCACGAAAUGGACAGAGCGGAUCACAAGACAUUGGUCAAUUUCAUAAAGAACUGUGAUACCAGGAUGCGAAUGGUUGUGUCGUUCGAAGACUGUGUAAGAAAGGUGGAAUUACAUAUGCGCUAUAUCGAAUUACAACGUGCUCUUCAAUCACGACUCGGUGAAUUAGAGAGACUCUGCGAGAGGGAACGGUCUAUUCUCAUGGGUCGAUGGAAAACCCAUUCACUGCCAGCACGCAAGAGAACGCCUAACAGUGUCAUUACGAGUAAUCCCAAUCAGCCAUCGCCAUCAUCGAGUUUCAAUUCUUCCACGAUUCAAUGUUGUCGGCCUGCUACGUCCACGGAACAUCUGUUACUUUAUAACGUGUUCCCAGAUGGACGACCAUGUUUAGUUCCACGGAACACCGCUUGUCUAGUAGCAGUAGGGCCUCCCCGUUCGCGAAGCGAUCACCACCACUUCCUCUCGAAGAUGUCAAGCGAAUCAGGAGUAACCGUUUCGUCGAGACAUAGCUAUCACCAGGCAAACGGGAUGAAUAGUACGCCAGCCAAAUCGAAAUCGCACAAAUCGUGUCAACAACAACAACAACAGUCUAAUACCAGCGGAGAUCCGCUUCCCCUUCAUCCUCCACCCCAGAAUAGCCUUUGCGUUGCUUGCAUCUCGAGCGCCAGUCGUCGCAGGGAACAAUCAGAUAGCGGUAGUUUGGACGCGUACGACUUAGCAAGUCCUUGCUGUGAUCCAAAUUGCGUGCCCAGUCGUAGACGUCGUGAGAAACAAAGAAGAGCGAGAAACGAACAGAAUCAUCAUCAGCAACAACAACAACAACAACAGCAGCAGCAGCAACCAGCCCAGCAUCAUCAUGUACAGCGAGAGCAAUCGCAGCAAACACAACAACAGCAACAACAUGGUGCGCACAGCUGCUCACGGACAUCGGGACACAGUCUGCAUUCUGUUACUAGUAGCGAUAUCUCGACCGCAGCCGAAAGCGUAGCCUCCUGUUCGACGAGCCUAAGCACGGAUACCCUCUACUGGGAUCCAAGCGUACAUCAACGACCACCGCCGUGCCUUCAGUAUGCUAAACCAAAGUCCUGGGACAAUCUAACUACCAAGGCGUUCGGUGGCUACGGUUUCGGAUACGGUUAUUUGGAUACAGCUACUAUAAAAACACAUAGCGCAGAGAGGCCUGGGAAAGGCACUCAUGGACGAGCAAAAACGCCUACUGGAACCGUUCAAAGGAGAACGAGUAGCGGUACUACGUAUUCGGGUAGUUCUAACAGACAUUUUCAGCCAACCAAGUCUACCGAAAGUUUGUUAAUACCACCGCCAUAUCAAAGCGAGUUAGACGCAAGUCUGAGUUGUGAAUGUCUGGAUGGUCCAGCUCCGCGGUGCAUGCCGGUGAUCCAAAUAGAGAAGCACAAUCGACAGGAGGAGGGUGGAUACAUUAUCAGUACGCACACUCAAGUUCGACAUCGUCGAUCCAGCCAUUCGGAUGGAAAAUUAAGGGCACUAAAUAAUUCCGAAGUGACGCGUCUGUAAAUCAUCCUUCUCAUUAGAAACUGUAUUCUAAUAAAAAGAUACUCGUAUAAUUAUCGUAUCAAAUUCUGGACGACGAAACAACGUGUAUCUAACGUAUAUCGUAUGUCGAACUUGUUCCGUAUUUAAACCUUUGUAUUCAGCUUUAUAUCGCAACAGUUAGUAAUUGUAUUCUCACCGAACGAUAAUGGAAUGGACCACCGUUUUUGAAACUUUUUCGAACAAAUGCGAUUGGUUACGGGUUUGAUUGACUAAACUUAUCGUUUGAUCAACGAAUGGUUUCCUAGCGAUGUUUCCGGACAAUAUGAUAAGGGAUAUCAUCGAUGUUCAUGGCGCUUUUUAAAUCUUUUUUAAAUUUUUAUCGAUAGUUGAUUCUAUGAUUGGUUGGAAACAGUUUUAAACUGUGGCAAACGUUAAUAGUAAUAUUAUCGUUAUCAUGAAAAGAAUAAAUUAUUGAAGCAUA